UUAUGUAUGAAGAAUAUUUUUCUAUUUUUUUCUACUGUCAUAGUUCUAUGUUAAAUAAAUAAAUAUACUAUGAAUAAUUUAUUUGCAAUCAAAUUUCGGAUAAGUUUGAUUAUUUCCGAGUAAAAUCAGCCAAACAUUGAUGUGAAAUUUGGAAAAAAAAACUUAGCUGAAGAUUGCUGCUUGCCAGCCACCACAAAUCCCACCAAUUGUAAUUAGAUUGUUCAUGUUAUAUGGCUAAUGAUUUUUAUGAAAAGGAGAAAUCUUGCUAUUCCGCUUUCCAACGCGAAUGACGUAAUAUUUCAACAUUAACGUUUCGUCCCUUUCCCACUUGUUUCCGUUCAUAUCAUCCUCUGUUUUGUUCAAAGGCCGAAAUAUUAAUAAUUAAUAAUCAUUGGACAAAGUUUAAAAAGGUCGCCGACAGGCUAUAUUGUCUGUUUUAACCUAUUACUGUCUAGUCAUUUUGGUGUUGUAUUGAGUUGAAUUUAAUUAUCUCACUGGUGAUAGUAUGUGGUAGUGAUGGCCCCUAAUUAUAGUAAAUUCCUAACUAAAUCUAACGCUCUUGCUGGAGCUGGAACAGUGGCUGCUGCUUGGCUUUUAUGGUCUCAAAGGCAACAGAAAAAUCUUAAAACCAUCAGCAAAAGGGUGAAAAAAGAUGAAGAAGAAGAACUAAAAUAUCUAAUAAGUGAGAAAAAAGAAGGAAAUGCCCAACCGAAAGUCCAAGUUGAUAAGAAAUUGUUCAUACAACUCAUACAGCUGUUCAAAAUAGUCGUGCCAGGAUGGGCGACUCCAGAGUGCGGCAUGUUCUUUUUGAUUGCCACCAGUUUAGUGGCCCGAUCAAUUUGCGAUUUGUGGAUGAUCAGUCAUGGCACAUUAAUAGAAAGCGCGAUUGUGUCAAUGGACAAAACCCUUUUUUAUCAAAGGCUCAUGAAGUUCUGCAUCAGUCUGCCCCUGAUCGCCUGCGUCAACAAUGUUUUAAAAUACGCCAUUGGUGAUCUCAAAAUCCGCCUAAGAGCAAACCUCACGAAGCGUCUCUAUGAUGAAUAUCUGAAGAAUUUUACUUACUACAGAAUCUCAAAUUUGGAUAAUAGAAUUGCAAAUCCAGACCAACUAUUGACCACGGAUAUUGACAAAUUUUGUGAAGCAAUCACUGAUUUGUACUGUAACACUGCUAAGCCAAUGCUAGAUAUUGGUAUUUAUGUCUAUAAGUUAUCAUCCACCAUGGGCGGAGCUACUCCAGGACUUAUGCUAGGCUACUUGUUUUUAUCAGGACUAGCUUUAACUCAUUUAAGAAAACCAACAGCUAAAUUGACAGCAGGUGAACAAAAAUUAGAAGGGGAAUUCAGACAUAUAAACUCACGUUUAAUCACUAACUCUGAAGAAAUAGCUUUUUAUAAUGGUAAUUUGAGAGAAAAAACAACAUUGCUGGCCAGCUACAAGAAGCUGCAGACUCACCUUAGAAACUUCCUUAGGUUUAGAGUAUUAAUGGGAAUUGUUGAUAAUUUAGUAGCAAAAUAUUUUGCUAGUAUUGUAGGAUUUUGGGCAGUUUCUAUGCCAUUCUUAUCAGGAAGAUUGGGCAGAGAAAGUCAUAGCGAACGAUCAAGAUUAUAUUAUACGUAUGGUAGAAUGCUAGUAAAACUAGCAGAAGCGAUUGGAAGAUUAGUACUUGCUGGCAGAGACUUGACAAGAUUGGCAGGUUUUACCUCUAGAGUAACUCAAUUAAGGACUGUCUUAGAGGAAUUGAAUCAAGGCAAAUAUGUCAGAACUAUGGUGACUGGCUCAGAUAAGUUGACACCAAAUGGAGGAAAACUAAUCUUCCAAAAUCAUAUAAUUAAAUUCAAUAAAGUACCCUUGGUAACACCAAAUGGAGAUGUACUUAUUCCAGAAAUAACUUUUGAAAUUAAAUGCGGGAUGAAUGUGUUAGUUUGUGGCCCUAAUGGAUCAGGCAAAUCUUCUCUGUUCAGAAUUUUAGGAGAAUUAUGGCCAUCAUUUGGAGGAGAAGUUACUAAACCUCCUAGAGGAAAACUGUUCUACAUUCCCCAAAGGCCUUACAUGACUCUUGGUAGUCUUAGAGAUCAACUAACUUAUCCUCAUAGUAGUGCCGAAGCUUCCAGAAGAGGCACUACGGAUGUAAAACUCACUGAACAUUUAGAUAGAGUUAAAUUAAGUUAUUUGCUAGAAAGAGAAGGUGGAUUGGACGCAGUCGCGGAUUGGUUGGACAUUUUAUCAGGCGGAGAAAAACAACGGGUUGCUAUGGCCAGAUUAUUCUAUCACAAACCGCAGUUUGCUAUAUUGGACGAAUGCACUAGCGCAGUUUCAGUAGAUGUUGAAGGGAGCAUGUACAGUUAUUGCAGGGAAGUCGGUAUAACUUUACUGACAGUCUCUCACAGAAAAUCUUUGUGGCAACAUCACGAAUAUGUAUUGCAUUUAGAUGGUAGGGGAGGUUAUACUUUCAAACCUAUAAAAAGUGAGACAGAACAAUAUGGUUCUUAGUAUUUAUUUAGUGAUUGCAAGAUAUAUUAUGUUUUCCCUAUGUUAGUCUUUGGUUAGUUCUGACAUUAAAUUUUGCUCAGAUAUGUAAUUUUUAAUGUUAAAAACCCAUAAGGUCAAUGGUACAUAAUUAUGUAACUGAGCAACCUGGCAUAAUAAUUAAAGGAAUUUGUACAAUAAUUGGGUACAGAUUAUGGAUUGAGACCUUGGAUUACAAAGUACCUAUUCAAAAUCUAUUUUUUUAAGCAGAUGUGACUUAGGGAACUUAAGAUAACUUAGUGAGGACAUAAAUUUGGUAAUGUUACACUCUGUUUAAUUUAUAAUACUUUAUAUUCAAGCAGUCUAUGAUUGAAAUGUUAUUGUCAUCAAAAUUUGACACAGAAAUAGUGAUCAUUCAAGGCCCAUAAAUAUUAUUAUGUUCAAUCAGCACUAUUAUGUUUAUAUAAUUCUUGAGUUUUCUUCCCUUCAGAUAACAAUGGCGUCAAUGACCUAUUUAGUUGGGAAGUUAGCGCCAAGAGCUUAAAUUACUCAUAAUUUGCACUAAUUUGUUUAGUUUACAUUUUAUGUUCAACAUUAUCAUUACAAAUUAAAUUAUAUAAAUUUAUAAAUUAAUAAAGUUGGAGCAUAAAUAAAUACGGGUGAUCAGGUUAAUUUGAGGAUAAAAUGUAAUGUUAUGUAAAAAUGUCAAUUGUGCUCCUCUGCUACGCGGCUGCCUUUAUACUUUGCGCUAAGCAUAAAAGGACUCAUUUUGUGGCCUUAUGACAUAGAUAAUUAUUCAUAUAUUUUUGGUCCUGUUUUUUCUGAAUGUGAUUGAGUUUUUGGUAUGCAGAUUUCAUUUUAUUAAGGUCUCACCACUUCUGCAAAAUGUUAUGGAUGUUGCAAACUAAAAUAUUUUGGUGUAAAAACAAUAUGCGCACCUGCACACAUUGAUGAUAGUAAUUGCGUUUGACAGAGUAGGUCCAAUCAAAUCAAAAGAUUUUCCUUAUUUAUGUCUGUUUUACAGUGGUUUUGGUCAUUUGUGCAUGUGAAUCUUUAAAAAGUUUCAGAAGAUUUUACAUAACCGAUCAUUGUUAGCAAAUGAUCCUUUGGUCAAGUCUCCUCAAAAAACUCAGUUCCAUUUAAAAUAGUAUUAAUUUAACUCAUGGAAAUUGAAAAUAAAUUCUUAUCCUAUAUGUAUAAAUAUAAGUCAGACAUGCAUUUGCAACAUACGUAAUGUUUAGCGGGUUUCCAUAGUUUGACUGAUACGAAUGGUUUUUAGGAGAAACUUGAAUAUUGAUGUAACAUGAAAAAUAUAACAUUUUCAUAAUUUGAUACACACUCCUAGCUUUCUACGAACAUUAAAUUCCAAGCCUUUCUAAUAGUUUAGUUAUAUUUAAUUCGGGGAUCUGAUGGGUUCAUUUUACAGUGAUAGGCCCCUCAAAUUUAAUAAGGGUCCAGACAAUAAUAUAGCAAAAAUAUCCAUCUCAUUUCUCGUGUCAAGCAUACUACGAAAAAUCCGACAAUCGAUCUAGUACCGGUUUCACAAUAGCAAGUCAUAACUCCAGGGUAAACAUUGCUACUGAACUGGACACAUUUACCCUGGAUUUAAAACCAACCCGUAGGUGACUCGCUAUUGAGGAACCGACCCCUAGGAAAUCAAGGUCAAUAUGACCAAAAAAAUUGGCUCAAUGGGCCACUUUCAGGUUUUUCACAAUCAUAAUAUUAGAAUUAUUCUUUUAGUCAUUCUAAUACUAUCUGUACAUUUUUUUUCCAAAAAAAACGCUUAUUUUUAUAAACAAAAUUAUUGAAAAAUCGAACUUUUAAACUGCCGUAAAAACGCUGGACCGGUGUGUGACGUUACAAACCGGAAAAUCAGUAAAAAUGCGAGAAUCAAUUCAUCAUCAUUGCACCAUUCAUCACCUAAAGACUAUUUUCGUCCUUUACUAUAAUAUGAAAAAAUGAAGCAUGGGUAUAAUCCUGGAAUUCAUUUAAAUUUCGCAUUUUUAAAUGUGGCAACAAAGUCAUGAAUAUCGGCUUUAACCAAUGAGAGGGCGUUUUCGGUCACGUGAUUUUUUGUUUAAAUUUUUCAUUUUCAUUGAUUAACUUAUUCAAUAAUCUGACUCAAAUCUUGCAAAAUGUUGUUCAUUCUCGGUUGCAUUCAUGUAUCUGCGUCAAAAAAAUAUCAUAAUUUGCCAUAUUCCUGGCACGUAAAAGUGGCCCAUUGUAUAAACCAUGGAUUGCAAUAUUUCAAAUUUAUUAUGAAAUGUUUUUAAACCGUUGACUCGGUUUAAUAGCAAACUUAUUUUCAAAGGACAUAUUUUUAUAUCCUGCCUAUAGGCCAGAAAAGAGAGGUUGAACCUCGCAAACUCGACACAAGUUCUGUUUUAUUUUUGUUUCUGGUAGAACACGGGCUGCUUAUUAUGGCUCUAACUUUUUCCAACAAAAUUUCACCCUGGAACAUUCCUUUUCAUCCCCCUAAAGGUCUUUUUUUGUGGUUUUUCCGAAACGUAGCGCUUACUACGUUUAACAAAAAAAUACCUUUAUAGUAAAUUAAAGAGGACUAAAUUCUCUAUCCAGGGACAGCAUAUGUCUAUCACAUACCCUUUAGUCGGGGUGGCGCUCUAAAGUUGAAUGACCUUGAAAAAAAGAUGUUUUGGAAAUUAUUUUUUUUUUUACUGAACAGUAAAGCGAAUCCACCACAAACCAUACAGCAAAUACUCAUAAAUAAUUAGCCGAUUUUUUGGUAUGUGUUUUAUUUAAAAACAGUUAACCCGUUUAAGAUAUACAGGGUGUUGAAAUUUAAACAACCCCCUUUCAUAUCAUCUGAAGGGCUAAUGCUAGACAUUGUAUGGAAAGGCCAUUUAUACGAAAUUGACCAUUUGCUCUACAAAUAGGUUCCUAAUGCAUUUUUUUAUAUUUUGCAACCGUUAGGCCACAGUGGCGUCCCAAAGCUUAGAAAUUUUAUAACGAAUUCCAGUUUUAUUCCAUUAUCUUGUCACCUAUUCACAGAUUUAGCACCCCCCCAACCGAUCAGAUGAGAGGAAAAAAAUAUUUAUAUUAACGUGUAUUAAAAAUGCAUCAAGACCUUAUUUGUAAAGCAUAUGGCGGUCUUCAAUUUCGUAUAAUUUCCUUCUCAUACAAUGUAUAGGUAACGAAAUAAUUGCGAAAGAGUGGUUGCGACAACUUCCAUAAGGGGCGGGGGUAGUUUCCAGAGGGAUGUUGCAAUAAGUAGAUAUAUUUUUGGAAAGCUUAUUUAGUGCGCUACUGACCCAUGUGAAACAAAAAGGCCAAAAAAUAAAUAUAUUUUUUUUCACCCCCUCAAUAUUUUUUUUUUCCGUCUAGUGGGGUUGUACUUGAAAAAUUAUUUUGGUGUCUAAGCAUGUAUGUCGGAGGUGUGCACAAAAUAAUAAAUUAAACCAUUCACAUGGAGGGCAUUGUGUGCAAGAAAAAGAAAAAAAAAAAGCCAUUUUUUCCAAAUUUUAUUUUUUUUUGGGGUGGUUCCAGGAAAAAAAUGGGGGUGCCUUAUAUGAAUUUUCAAAUAUCAUUCCUAUAUCAUUAAUCCCUGAAAAUUUGAACAGCCUAGCAUUAGCCAUUCAGAUGAUAUGAAAGGGGGUUGUUUAAAUUUCAACACCCUGUAUAUCCUAAACGGGUAACUGUUUUUAAAUAAAACAUAUACCAAAAAAUCGGCCAAUUAUUUAUGAGUAUUUGCUGUUUGGUUUGUGUUGGAUUCGCUUUACUGUUCAGUAAAGAAAAAAUAAUUUCCAGAACUUCUUUUUUUAAGGUCAUUCAACUUUAGAGCGCCUCCCCAACUAAAGGGUAGGUGAUAGACAUAUACUAUCGCUGGAUAAAUUGUAGAGAAUUUAGACCUCUUUAAUUUACUAUGGAGGUAUUUUUUUGUAAAACGUAGCGGAACCGCUACGUUUCGGAAAAACCACAAAAAACGACUUUUAGGGAAAUGAAAGGGGAUGAAAUUUUGUUGCAAGAAAAUUGACCCAUAAUAAGCAGCCCUUUAUCUACCAGGAAAAAAAUAAAACAAAACUUGUGUCGAGUUUGCGAGGUUCAUCCUCUCUUUCCUGGCCUACUACUGAUAUUAAAUUUUUAAAAAUGCAUGUUCAAUUUUAGGAGAAAAACAUGUUUAUUUAAAUUUUAUUGCAAUUGUUUGUCCAAUUAGAAUUGGGGUUGUAAUUUCAAAAAGCUUUAUAUAUCAAUUUUGCAUUACUAGCUUAAUUUGCUUUAAAAAAAAAAACAAUAUACGAAGCUGUGUAAAGUUUGAAGGCUGAAUGUAAAAGAAAUUCUUGCUUUUUCACUAUAGUAAAACCACGGAAACAAUCAAUUUUUAAAAUAGAAUUCUGGCAAUUCUAACUCAUCUUAUUCUUUAAAAAACCAUCCAUAUAAAUUCUGCUAUUCAGUUAUUUUUCGAUACUUUGUAAAUAGAAACACUUAAUUAUGUGAAUUAAUAAACUAGAUUUCAAUGAUUUAUACAACAUUAUAAUUUUUCGAAUUUUUCCGAUAGCGUCGGAAUACUAAUGCCUAUUUUGAAGAAAGAAACUUCCUAAAUUAUACAAUACAUAAACCUAAAUUUUACUCUUCGAUGCUCGUGAUCUGGUGGUUGGUGAGUUUCAAACUUACGUAAUUAGUCACAAAUAAGGAAAAAUUUAUAACCACAUCACAGCUAUGGAUCUCACCAAUUAACCAAUGAGAGGGCGUCAUCUAUGCUGUGUUGUACUUUACUUAAUUGUAUCUUAAGUAUGUAUGUGUUUUGGGCAAAUAAUAGGAAUCAAAUACAUCUUUAGGUUCAUGUCAUAUGGACAGUCAUUUUUGACAUAUUUUUUUGUGUGAAACUUAUAGAAAAUUAUAAAUAGUAAAUGUGUCGUUCGCAUUCAACUUACACUGAUAUUCCAGUUUGUCAUCUACCUCUUUGAAGUCUUUCCACAUUUUUCCAUUAACGUGCCUUAUAUUUUGUUAAAAUAUAUAUGACCCAUAUUAUAUAUUAUAUUAUAGUCAAAAUCCUCUAUUAUGAGGAGUGACCUGAUUAAAGAUACCCACUACAAAACAACAAAACUUUCGCUUGAAAAAUUAAUUUUAAGAUGUUGGGAAGAAAAAGGCAUGAGUGGUUUAUUUCUGAUAAACCACCCCUUUAAGAAACUUACCAAGUUUUGGACAUUUAUUACAAUUUAAUUCAAAAAAGAAAGGGAAGAGGUGAUUGUGGUGAAGUAUUUCUUAUUUAAUGGCCUUUUUUUUUACCCAAAUUAAAAUUUCGAAAUGGGUUGUAGAGAAGAAGGUUUGACCUAAUAACUGUCGCAUUUGUUAAUGUAUAACGAUAUUCAACAAAAUCCAUGUAGCUUUUUUUGUUUCAGUUCUUGAAUUAUUUUUUACCUUAUUAUUGUGAGGGCGUUGGAUAAAACUUUUUAAAUAUAUAGUUUUAUACAUAUUUCAUUAAGUUGCUUUGUAUCAGAUAUGUUUUAAUUAGUUUUAUAAAUAUAUUUAUAACUAUGUAUAUUGUUUGUAAACAAAACUUUAUCAAGGUAAAAGGUAGGUACUACAAACCACAUUCAUAUAGUGAUUUUCUGUCCAGUGAGAACUGUUAUUUAUACUAACUAUAUUUUUGUUAAAUAAAAAAAAUUAUAAAUUUGCACUCAAGCCAA